AUGCGCACGGCGGCCACGCCCAUGCCCACGCCCAAAGGCUCCCUGGGGCCUGAGUCCAUGCUGGGGUUCGGGGAAUCCCGUCGAGGGAGCAACGUGUCCAUAGACCCCAAUGCUUACGACCAGAGGUCCCUGAGCAGCCCGGAGGUCCCCUGCCACCCACGCGGGCCGGGCAGUAACUGGGGCAGCCGCAGGUCCAGUUGGAACAGCCUGAGCCGCGCCCCGAGCCUCAAGAGGAAGGACACGUCCGGGGAGCGGGAGUCGCUCCUCGCGGGGGUAGGCAGGGGGAGCUUCGAGGACGACGAGUCUGAGGGAGAGGGAGCCGGGAGGGCGGGGAGCGUUGCCGGGGGUCCCGUCCAGAGCCCUGGGUCUCUGGACUUCCCAGAUAUCCAGCUGGGGUCGGGCCAAUACCAGUCGGGGGAGUACCAUGACUGCAACGGGCGCGUGAUGCACAUCCCUCCCAGCGCCGGCUCCGAUCUGACCAGGGAGGACUCCAACACCGACGAGGACCUGGAGGAAGUGAGUUACAUCAUACACAUAUGAACAUUCGUGUGUGCA